CUGUUGGAACUUGUCGACUGACGCUAUGAGUCAGAGAGAGAUAAUUCAUAAACUCUCCGGGUGCAUGCAAGUAUCAGGUGGCUUCACGUUGUGAUCCUCCAGCACUUGGAAUUCUUCAUUUUCUUCAUUUCUGUGAAUCCGCUGCGAGAGAUGAGAAGGGGAAGGAUUAUUUUUGUACAAAUGCUCUAAAAGCUAGCGUUGGAUGGACAAACUAACUACAGUCAAGACGGUCAGUUCAGGUGGAGGAGGUGGAGAAAGCAGCAAAGGUGAUCUUUCAGUGAGUGCAGGUGGCUCAGGUGGCAGAGCUACAGCAGGAGGCUCCGGCGGCUCCAGCAGCUCGGUUCUGAUCACAUCCAGCAGCUCCAACGCCGCCGCCGGAUCCAGCAAGGGAGCGGGAGGCAUCAGCAUCACCACCGUGGGAGCCUCCUCUGCUGCAGGUGGAGGGGGUUCAGCAUCUGGAGCAUCUGGGGUAUCAGGAGCAUCUGGGGCCUCAAAGACAAUGGAAGGCUUCAGCUCUGCUGGAGGAGGGUCCUAUAGUUUUGCAAGUGGCAGCAGCCAAGGGAAAAGAGAAGGUGGUCUUGGUGCCAUAACAGUUUCCACGGUGACCAAGACCAGCUACAGCUCAGGAGGAGGUGGGGAGGCGAAGAGGGGAUCAUCAUCAUCAUCCUCUGCAGUCACUUACUCUCCUGCUCCAAAGGAGAGGAAGAACGUGACCACCAUGUCUGCAGCUCUGUCAGAGGUGUUUGACGAAAGUUCAAGUCCUAACUCUUCUCCAGAGUACAACAGGAAGGAGUAUGUCAGUGCAACAGCAACGUCUACCACUAGAGGGAGAACUCAGAGCAGAGAGAGUGAGAUCAGAGCGAGGCUGCAGAGUGCUUCUCCUACAGCAUGCUGGACAGAGCUGGACGAUGUGAAGCGUCUCCUCAGAGGGAAUCGAUCCGUCAGCCCCACUCAGUCCCCCAACAACACGCUGCCCAUCCCCAAGAAGGCCAGCUUGGAGACCAGGACCCUGUCUGAGAGCUCCAGUACAGACCAGUACAGCAGCGUUUGGUCUGGAGCUGUGAGCAGCAGCUACAGCUACAACACAAACCACAACAACCUGUCGCCCACCUCCACCCUGUACCAGCCAGGAGUUCAGAACAACCUGACGCUCAGCUCUCCCUCCAUGAACGGUGGACUUUCUGUCAGCAGCUCUGUUCCAGUUUACGGUGUUCAGAACAACCUGGUCAGCAGCAGUCCGACUGUUCUCUCCCCUGCUGGAGCGAACACACCCAUCGUUUAUGGUGUGCAGAAAAACAUAUCUAGCCUGAGCACAGCCACAGUGAGACCGAGCAGUCCUGUUAAUGACGAGGCAGGAAAAGACUUCAAGUUUGUGAUGAUAGAAAAGGAAAACGCUCCCGUUAAGAAGGAGACGGAGCGACUUGUCAUGGCCAAAGACACGGGGAAGCUGUUCAUGUCAGCGGCGCCUGUUACUACUACUGCAACCUACUCUGAAGACUCACUGAAGAGAGAGAAACAGAAACUAUCAUCCAGCACAGUGGAGGAGGGAACAGAAGCUAAAACAUCAACCCUGAAAAUUGCCACAAAGGACAAAGCCACCUAUGCAGAGAUCCGUCAAGAUGAAUCGGGCCUCGGCUUCUUGUCCUGCUGCAGCUGGUGGAAGUGGCUCCUCGGCCUCCUGCUUGGCCUCCUGCUGCUCCUCGGCCUCCUCGCUGGACUCAUCGCUUUGGGUGAAGAAGUUAAACGGCUGAAGAACCGUGUGGAGGCUCUGGAGGCCGUCACCGGCACAGCUUCAGCCAGAACCAGCCGCCUGUCGGCCUCCUCUGGCAUCAACAUCAUCGACCCGCUGGACUCGGCGUACAUCGACAGGAGCUCCUCUGGUCCCACCAUCACCCGCUCUGAUAAUGGGAUCAACCUGGGGGCCACUGGGCCUGGAGGAGGAGGAGGAGGAGGAGGAGGAGGAGGAGGAGGAGGAGGCGCCGGUAACGGACCGGGUCAGGACAGCGCCGCCCUGCAGAGAGCUGUGCAGCAGCUGAUCAGGGCUGAACUCCGCUCAGGUCCAAUUAGAGAAUCUCUGGUGUACUCACUGAAAGGAGAGAGAGGAGAACCAGGACCUAAAGGUGAUGCAGGAUCACUUGGACAGAAAGGUGAUAGCGGCUUCCCAGGUCUGCCAGGUCCUCCAGGGCAGAUGGGACACCCAGGUCUGGAUGGACCGAGGGGACCAAAAGGCAGUGCAGGUGAACCUGGUGCUGAGGGACCACCAGGCCAGAGGGGCCGGGAGGGACCCAUGGGCCCCCGAGGAGAAGCUGGAGCUCCAGGAUUUGGAGAAAAGGGAGAUAAAGGAUCUCAAGGAGAACCAGGACGUCCCGGUCCUGCUGGCGCUCCUGGACCUGUGGGGCCUAAAGGUGCCAUGGGAGAGCAGGGCGCCUCUGGAAGUCCCGGUGCUCCUGGUCCAAAAGGUUUCCAGGGUGAAGCUGGAGCUCCUGGAGCAAAAGGUGACCGAGGAACAGCAGGGCUGCCAGGAACCAAAGGAGACCUUGGAGAACGAGGACCACGUGGACCUGCAGGUGAACCAGGACAGCCUGGAGCUCAAGGCCCUGCGGGACCAAAGGGAUCUAAAGGAGUUUCAGGUGAGGCAGGUUCAGUGGGACUUCCUGGUGUAAGAGGACCACCUGGACUUCCUGGAGAUGCUGGUCCUCCAGGCAUUCCUGGGCUACAGGGACCCCCAGGUAUUGCAGGAAAUCCAGGACUCCCCGGUGGUAAAGGUGAACCAGGAUCACCUGGUAAAGUCAUUAGUGCAGUUGGUUCUGAUACUGUGGCCAUCCCUGGACCUCCAGGACCAGCUGGGCCUCCAGGUCCAGCUGGUCUUCCUGGUCUGUCUGGUCCCAUUGGUCCUGCUGGUGUCCCAGGACAACCAGGUCCUAAAGGAGAACAAGGAGAGAAAGGGGAGAAGGGAGAGAAGGGAGAGGAAGGAAAACCUGGAAAACCCGGUGACAGCGUUUCGUCGGAAACCAACAGUGGAAACAACUCCAACCGACUCUCUGCAGUGGCAGGACCUCCUGGUCCACCAGGACCUCCAGGACUUCCUGGAGAACCUGGUCUUCAGGGUCCUCCUGGUGAAGGUAAACAGGGUCCUCCAGGACGCCGAGGUCCAGCUGGAGAGCCAGGUGUUGGUAAACCUGGACCUCCAGGAGAGAAAGGAGAACCUGGCAGCUUUGUGCCGACAUCAGAAACCUUCUUUGCUGGACCCCCAGGACCUCCAGGACCCCCGGGCCCACAGGGCUCACCAGGUGAUCGAGGACCACAAGGAUACGUAGGUGAACCAGGACAACCGGGUCUUCCAGGAAGUCCAGGGGAUGAAGGUGUUGGUUUCCCAGGUCAGCCUGGACCCAGAGGGCUUCCAGGACCAGAAGGUCCACCAGGACCAGAAGGUCCACCAGGGCCUGAGGGACCACAAGGACCUGAAGGUGAAGCAGGAGGUCCUGGUUCUCCAGGAGUCCCAGGAGCCCCUGCUGACAGUUCGUAUGGUCCCGGCUUCCCAGGCCCGCCUGGACCACCUGGUCCCCCUGGUCCCCCUGGAAGAGAUGGAAGCGACUCCAGAUCAACAGAUGUGGGCCAGUACAUGGCAGAGUAUCUUCAGAGUGAUGGGAUCAGACAGUACCUGGCUGGACCUCCUGGAGCUCCGGGUCCUCCAGGGGCCCCUGGUACACCUGGGGCUGCAGGGGACGGUCUAGUGGAUGAUGUGGCUAACCGAGUCGUCGCUUACCUUCAAAGUUCAGGCCGAGGAUCCGAUGGGACUCCUGGAACUCCUGGGCCUCCUGGUCCUCCAGGUCCACCUGGUUCCAUCUCUGUCAACGAUAUUGUCAACCUGUUACAACGAGAAGAUGUCAGGAGAUACAUUGGUGGUCCACCUGGACCACCAGGACCUCCUGGAGCACCAGGCAACCCUGGAAGCUACUCCUUUAACACUCAGGAAGUUGCUGAACGUGUUUUCUCUCUCAUGAACGAGAGGGGAGCAGCAGGUGUACCUGGACCUCCUGGACCUCCUGGACCUCCUGGUGCUCCUGGGUAUGCCGCAUCAGGUGGAUACCAGGGUCCUCCAGGUCCACCAGGUGGCCCUGGUCCACAGGGACCACCUGGACCACCUGGACCACCAGGAUAUGGGAACUACAUCAGCUCAGAUGUCCGGGACUACCUGCAAAGUGUUGCCUUUCGAGGUCCUCCUGGGCCUCCUGGUCCUCCUGGACCUGAAGGUCCCCCUGGUCCAAUCCGAGGGCUGGUUCCUGUUCGUGAUCACAGAGAGAGAUUCAGAGCUGAACUACAGGAAUAUGUCAAGAGUGAUGGUUUGAGUGGAGCCAUGUUUGGAGUUCCUGGUCCACCAGGCCCUCCUGGACCCCCAGGACAUAAAGGAGAGCCAGGUGUACCUGCUGCCACACAGUGGAACCUGGACACUGGUGACUUCUCCAGUAUGGCAGCCAAAGUAACUGACUACAUCAAAUCUCAUGGUCUGCUCCGCGAUGAUGCAAGAGACUCUGAACGGGUUGUUCAAGGACCUCCAGGACCCCCCGGACUCCCUGGAACACCUGGACAGAUGCGAUGGGUUAGCUCCAGUGAAAAUGUUGUUGAUGUGGUGGAAUACAUCAAAUCUCACGGUUUGCUGCAGGACGUUGUGAGGGACUACAGCGGUCGUGUUUUCCAAGGACCUCCAGGACCACCAGGACCCCCAGGUCCUCCUGGAUACAGCCGAUGGUUUGGUUCCCAUGGAAACACAACAGCUCUGGUGGAAUACAUCAAAUCUCACGGUCUCCUUCGUGACAUUGAACGGAACCACAAUGAACGGGUCACCCAGGGGCCACCGGGGCCGCCUGGCCCUCCAGGUCCACCAGGAUACAGCCGACUGUUUGGGUCCCACACAAACGUCACUGAUUUAGUGGAAUACAUCAGAACACAUGGAGCCAUUGUAGGACCACCUGGGAGACCAGGACAGAAAGGGGACAUGGGACCAAAAGGAGAGAGAGGUGAACGAGGCCCGUCUGGACCUGAAGGACUCAGAGGACCCAAAGGUGACCGAGGAGAGUUUGCAGUGAUGACUAGAAGAAGGAGGGAUGCUGGUGUCUGAGACCCGCAAAUCCAGUUUUUCCCUGUUAAAUGAACUGAAGCCGUUAUUUUAUGUUGCAAUUGUGUUUUUGUACUUGUGUACAUUAUUCACGUUAUGAAAUCAGGGAUCCUGUGUAGCACCGAGGGGUUUUAGUUGUCUGGUUUAUUUUGUGGGACUGAAUGAGUUGACUUCCUGUUGUUUUUGUAUGUGGGGGCAUUUUCUAAUUAGAGUAUUUUUAUAUAUAAGUGUGUUUUUCUGAGAAUUUCUUGCAGCUUUGUCACUAAAUGGGAUCAAUUCAAGAAGCAAACACCUGCAGCAGAGAUGAAAUAGUUUAUUUACAGCAAAAUGAAAAUCAACAUUACACAGGCAUCUAGAAACUAUACAUGUAUUUAAAAAAUGCAUAAUGAUUUCGAUAUGUUUUUUUUUUUGUUGUUUUGUUUUUGUCAACAUUCAGAAAUUAAGAACCAGGACUGAUUUGUAAAUCUACCUUUAAUAAACCUUCAGUGAAGCUUCUGUAUAAAUAGCUACUGAGGAGGUUUUCAGUAAAAAAGUGCACAGCACUCCUUCUCUGCUCAGUCAUUUAUUAAAUACAUUUAACUAUCAGCCAAUCAGAGACAACGAGAUGAUAAAAUGAACCAAUCACAGGUCACGAUGGCCCAAACCAGUCAGGUCCAUUUGUUGCUUUUUUUUUGUGUGUCAUUCAUAAGAAAUCAGCCUGAAUAAAAAAAACUGCAAAAAGUU